AUGAGCCAACAGCUGCAGAAACCUAUAAGUAAUGACGUAAAAGAAGAGGCCGAAAAGAUUCCGGCCAAGGAGGACAAAGAAAAAGGUGUUGUCGCCGAGGCUUCCGGUGGACAGGCGGAGGAAGAACUAAACAAGAAAAAGGCAUCGGAAGGAACCAUAACUAUCGGAGAGGCUCUAGAGGCGGCUGUUCUCACGGCAGGGAAUAAGCCGGUGGAGUGGAGUGACGCAGCUGCCAUACAAGCGGCCGAGGUUAGAGCCACCGGACGGACCAAUAUCAUGCCCGGUGGUGUAGCCGCUUCGGCUCAAUCAGCUGCCACUCUUAACGCACGAGCCACCUCUGACGACGGCAAGACUACGCUCGCCGACGUUCUCACUGGAGCGAGUAGCAAACUACCAUCAGACAAACCAGCGACGAGAAAAGACGCGGAGGGAGUCACAGGCGCAGAGAUGAGGAACGACCCUCAUCUCACUACUUACCCAACCGGCGUGGCCGCCUCAGUUGCUGCCGCCGCUCGGAUUAAUCAGGCCAAGUGA